GACCGCCGAGUUGUCCAAUGACCAAUGUAAAACCCUCUUUCCCCAGCAGGGCUAGGAGGCUGAGAGUGAAGAAAUUUCACUGCAGUGUGCUCAGCAGGAACCUGUGAUAAGAUGUCUAGCCAUUCAAGGGAAGCCCUUAGAGGUUGGGAAACUGGGAGCCCACAGGAAGUAACUUGGUGCUGAGCUGAGGUAGCUUUGUUCAGCACCCGUCCUAACUGAGAAGCUGCAUCUUGCUAGCACCCAUGGGGAUGCCCACAGAGUGCAUCGAUCCUCUGACAGGAGGGCUACAGAGCCAGAGCCUGAGUCCAGGUGGGCAGUAUGGGGCCUUGGCUUCAGGUAGGUAUCUGCCUCACUCCGUGUCUGCCUCCUGGAGCCUGCCCUGCUGGAGAGCAUACUUGGCUGCUGCUGUUCUCUGUUAUGCCAACCUUCUGAACUACAUGAAUUGGUUCAUCAUCCCAGGAGUGUUACUGGAUGUCCAGAAGUAUUUUCACAUCAGUGACAGCCAUGCUGGUUUGCUGCAGACGGUCUUCAUCGGCUGCCUGCUGGUGUCUGCGCCUGUCUUUGGCUAUCUGGGUGACCGCCACAGCCGCAAGGCCAUACUGAGCUUCGGGAUCCUGCUGUGGUCAGGGGCUGGCCUCUCCAGCUCCUUCAUCUCCUACCAGUACUCCUGGCUCUUCUUCCUGUCCCGGGGGGUCGUGGGCAUCGGUGCAGCAAGCUACUCCACCAUUGCACCCACUAUCCUGGGCGACCUCUUCGUGAAGGACCAGCGGACUUGUGUACUGGCUGUCUUUUACAUCUUCAUCCCUGUUGGAAGUGGUCUGGGCUAUGUGCUGGGAUCGGCUGUGGCAGAGCUGACAGGGGACUGGCGUCAGGCCCUCCGUAUCAUGCCCUGCUUGGAUGGUGUGGCCUUGGUUCUGCUCAUCUUGCUGGUUCCAGACCUACCUCGAGGAGCAGCUGAGAGACAGGGAGAAGUGGCUGUGGGGGCUCCGAAGAGCAGCUGGUGUGAGGAUGUCAGAUACUUGGGGAGAAACUGGAGUUUUGUGUUUUCAACCCUCGGAGUGACAGCCAUAGCUUUUGUGACUGGAGCUCUGGGCUUCUGGGCACCCAAGUUUCUGUUCGAAGCUCGUGUGGUUCACGGCCUGCAGCUUCCCUGCUUCCAGGAGCAAUGCGGCAGCCAGGACAGCCUGAUUUUUGGGGCACUGACUGUCGCAACUGGCAUUAUUGGUGUCAUCAUGGGGGCAGAGGCCUCAAGAAGGUACAAGAAGGUGAACCCCAGGGCUGAGCCCCUCAUCUGUGCUGCUAGUCUGUUUGCCACAGCUCCCUGCCUCUACCUGGCUCUCAUCUUGGCCUCAAGGACCCUCCUGGCUUCCUAUGUGUUCCUGGCCCUUGGGGAGCUCCUUCUGGCUUGCAACUGGGCAGUAGUUGCUGAUAUCCUGUUGUCGGUAGUGGUACCCAGGUGUCGAGGCACAGCAGAGGCUCUCCAGAUCACAGUGGCCCACAUCCUGGGAGACGCUGGCAGCCCCUACCUCACUGGACUUAUCUCCAGUGUCCUGCAGGCUGAACGCCCCAACUCCUACCUGCAGUGCUUCCUCAGUCUGCAGCACAGCUUCCUGUGCUGUGCCUUCGUCAUUGUGCUGGGUGGUGGCUGCUUUCUGCUGACAGCACUGCACCUGGAAAGAGACCAGGCACAGGCCAGGCAGUCUGGCAAAGGAACUCUGGACAAGGACACAGCCAGCAGGAACACUAAGACCCAAGGCCUGCUCUCUGGCACCAGCACCCCAACAGAGGAACCCUGAACCUUGCAGGCUCCAUCCUACCUACAUCCUCCUGGCGGCCCCACCCAUCUUGGCUGUGACUCAGGGACCCCAGCAAAGCUACACUUGCCACUUGUUCAGUCCCUGCUAGAGAGCUACCAGGGCUAGAUUGAGCUGUCACCACCCUCCAGGGAGGCUUGGCCCUGUGUCUGCACCCAGCUGGGAGGCCAGGCCCUUAUUAAAGCAUGACCAGUGCAAAGCCCUCAGAUUUCAGGGCUUCUUAGACCAUCUUGUUAUUUAUAGCCCUGUGAAGCCUCUGCAGGAAGGAGGAGGAGGAGAUCAGGCCAAGGCAAGGAUUCAUGGUGGCCUCUGCAGCGGGGACCCUGAGGGAGUUGGUCAGCUUUGGUGUCUGGGUGUUUCCACCAUUAGCUUCUUACUUACACUCAGCUUCUCCUGUUUGCAAAGGUGUGGGAGACACAGAACACCCCUCUGUGAGAAUCCAUCAUCUGAAUGGGAGGUAGUCUUGGAGGUGGGUUCCCUGUGGCUGCUGGUGUGGGGUUUGUGACCCCCUCAAGCAUGUGCAAAUUGCAGGAGGAGGUGCCUCUGAGCCACAUGCAGAGCAUCUCUCAUGACUAUUUGCACAUAAAUCCUGGAAGUAGCCCUUCUUCUCUCCAGCAUAUGCUUUGACCCCAGCAUCUCCAUGGGGAGGGCUGGCUCUGUGGGACCCAUGCUUGGCACUAGGUUCUGAGCAGCUGGGCUCAGCGGGCCAUGCAGGAGAUCAACAGCUUCCAGGCAGGCAGCAGCAGGGAGGCAUGUUCUUUCUGCCUGUGACCCCAGUUUCUGUCCCCUCCCCCAGAGCCCAGCCAGGCAAUCACUCA